UCUGUCUGGGAACCAUUUAACCGCAGACCAAGCCUUCUCAAAAUCAAGACUUUCAGCCUUGGCUAAAAUUGGCUCUGCAAAGGGUCUCGCUAAGAAAAAAAGCGAGUUUCCUUUGGAAGGUUAGAAGCUUGGAUUGGUUUGGAGGUAUCAAUAUCCACAGCCUCGUACGAUACAGGAUAUCAAGAAAAAGAUCGCAAAUUUGUCUAUUUACAUCAUGGCAAUUACUAUUAUCGCACCAGUUUCUGCUGCGGUACCCUAUCACACUGAAGAUGAGUCUGAUCAUUCUGAUGAUGGAGGUGUUGAUAUAGAAGGGGAUCUUGAUAUGCAACUGUCCAAACGGGCCAAGCAUCAAGAUAUCGUUACUCCUGGUGAAGUAAUCACAGAUGAUCCUCAAUGGAUGAGAGGUCAUGGCACAUAUGUUGCUCCUGCAAGUACAGAAAUUAUAGGAACCGUCGCAGGUACAGUUCAAAAAACGAAUAAACUUCUCUCAGUUCGACCAUUACGCGCCCGCUAUACCCCAGAAAUCGGUGAUCUUGUUGUCGGACGAAUUAUAGAAGUACAAAGUAAGAGAUGGCGUGUUGAUAUUGGAGCUCCGGUUCUUGCCAAUUUACCAUUAUCUGCAAUCAAUCUCCCAGGAGGAAUUCAAAGAAAGAGAACGGAAACCGAUGAACUUCAAAUACGAACGUUUUUCUCAGAGGGAGAUUUACUAGUUGCCGAAGUCCAACAAUUAUAUCAAGAUGGGAGUGCCAGUUUACAUACGAGAAGUUUAAAAUAUGGAAAGCUGAGGAAUGGUGUCUUCAUGGCCGUUAGUGGCACUGGUGGAGGUGGAGGUGUGGUUCGAGCUAGAAGACAAGUUUGGACUAUCGAUACAGCACACAACGGUGGAAAGGUAGAUGUCAUUCUGGGAGUCAAUGGAUUCAUCUGGAUAUGCAAGACGGUCGAAGUAAAGGAAGGGGAAACCUCAAUCACCAGAAUCGAGGAAAGUGUUAGCAAUGCAGCAUAUUCAAGUCAAAACGACGAAAUUAUUCCCGAAACGAGGACGGAGAUUGCGAGAAUAAAGGGGGUCAUUCAACUGUUGGUGGAAGAAGGACUGAGGGUUGACGAAGAUAUGGUCAACAAAGCAUAUGGAGCUGCCGUUGAGGUGGAUGAGGAGGACGAGGGUGAAAGUAGUGCAUAUGUCGGAGGAGAAAUAGGCAAACGAGUCUUGAGUCUAAUAAGCACAACAUGAAAAUAUAAUUAAUAUAGAAGAAAUCAAAUAUGAUCAAAAUCAAUA